AUGUCUCAAUUAAAACCAAAUAAAGAAAAAGUUUCCAAGAAUUUACAACCUAAAGAUUUAAAUACGGGACAAAAAAAGAAAAAUAAUAACCCAUCACCAUUAGAAAAAGAUAGAAGAAGUUAUUCACAUGGUGAUAAUGAAAAAUUAAUUUGUAUGCAGCUAAAUAUAGAAAAGAAUAAUUUGCCGACUGAUGAUAAGAAUUUAAGGAAAAAGAAAUAUUCCUCUAAUUGUAAUCAUGAAAAGAAAAAAAAAAAUAAAGAAAUCGACAAAAUUGAAAAAGGAAACUUGUUCAAUAAAAAAUUAGAACAAAAUGAAAACUCCGAUGUAUUUAAUAAAAUAAAAGAACAACAAACAAAAGAACAUAUAAAUGAAUAUGUUGAUGGAUAUAUGGUUGGACAUAUCCAUAAAAAUCCCGAUAGACAAACCGAAGAUAUUAAUAUUGCUAAAUAUGCUGAAAAAAUUAAUGAAGAAGAAAAAAAUGAUUUUUUAUUUAACAAUUUAGAAAAGCAAUAUACAUAUGAUACAUUACCAUUUAUGACAAAUCCAAACAUGAAAUUGUAUCCUUGGGAAGACAAUUAUAAUAUGUAUAAUAUUAAUGAUAUACAAAAUGGAAUAUAUAAUAAUUAUUUAAAAAAUGAAGCUUCUCAGAAUUAUAUAUAUUGCACAUAUGAUAAUAAUAGAAUGGAAAACACAAAUUAUGGAUAUAUUAAAUACAAUGAUAUAAAAAAAGACCACAUAAUGUUUAAAAAUAACACAUAUAUAGAAGGAGAAAAAAUAAAUAAUAAUCCUAUAUGUAUUAAUCAAAAUAAUAUGCUUUAUAAGGAACCUUAUCCAAAAUAUAUAUGGAAUGAUGAAAAUGAAUACACACAUAAGACACACAGUAGUAAUAACAACAACAAUAAUAAUAAUAUUAAUAUUAAUAAUGGUUUCAAUAAUAAUAAUUAUUAUUAUAAUAAUACCCAUAAUUUUAAAGGAAAUAGUAAUAUUAUGAAAGGUUUUUUAAAGGAACCAAAUGUUCUUAAUAAUCCAAUGUAUUUAAAUAAUAACACCCAUAAUUAUAUACCAUAUAAUAAUAAUAUUGAUAAUAUUCAUGGUUAUAUAUAUAAUAAUAUGGAUUACUAUGUUGCACCUUGUAUACCUUAUUCUUAUUAUUAUAAUUAUAAUAUAUCACCAUUUGAUCAAACAAAUAUAAGUAAUAGUAAUUAUCCAUUUACAUAUUAUCCAUUCUAUACAACCAAUAUUAAUAACAAUCCUGCAUAUUCAUAUUUAUAUAAUAAUAAUCAACAAAUUCAUCAAAUAAAUAAUAAUAUUCAUUAUAAUGACAUAAUACAUAAAAAUGGCUCAAAUGCAUAUUUUCUAAAUUCUAACACUUUAGGAAACUCUCCUAUCUCAACAAAUUAUAUUUCUGAUAAUAAUGUAAAGGGAAGUAAUAAUUCUAAAUAUUAUAGAAUAAAAUUAUGCCAAUAUUUUAAAGAAGGAAUCUGUCAUAAGGGAGAUAAUUGUUCAUAUGCUCAUUCACAAGAUGAAUUAAGAAAUUAUUUUAGUUUUAAAAAAACAAAAAUAUGUGAAAUGUGGUUAAAGAAUAAAUGUGGAAAUACAGAUUGUGUAUAUGCCCAUGGAGAACUAGAAUUAAGAGCAGCCCCUGAUUUUUUUAAAACAAAACUGUGUAAAUUUUUUAACACAAGUGGUAUGUGUCCUUUAUUUGAUAACUGUCGACAUGCCCAUGGACAAGAAGAAUUAAGGAAACCUGGCUAUAUGAAUAAUUCUCAUCAAGCAGAUACAUUAACAAAUAAAAAUAACGAUAAGCCUUUAAUUUAUGAAAUUAAUGAUAAACAUGUUUCAAAUGAAUCCGUUUCUACUCAAUCAAAUAACAAAAUAAAUGAAAAUAAAAAUGAUAGAAAGGUUUCUAAUAACAUAAUUGAUAAUGAAAAAAGAGAAAAUUUACAUAAGGAAGAAUUAAACAAUCAAAUAAAUGAAGAAACACAAAAUAAAAAAAUAAAUAAAAUAAAACAAACUAAUGAAAAUAAUAAAAAUAAUGAAAAUAAUAUAUGUAAACAAGAUAAUGAAGCUAAAACCUUAAUUGAGAAUAAUAAUCAAAUUGUUCAUGACAAAAAGGAAGAAAAAAAACGUCAAGAUAAUGAACAAGAAAAUGAAGCUAAAAUAGAAAAAAAUAAAAAAUUUAAUGAAGAAUACAAAUCACAAGAACAAGAUAAAAAGGAAAUAAAUGUACAAGGAGCAAAUGAAACAAAUAUACAAACACAAAAUAAACAGAAAAAUGCGGAAGAAAAAAAAGAAGAAGAAAUACUAGAAAAUAAUUCCCAAAAUCAUUUAUACUCUCAAGAAAAAAAGAAAAAAACUCCAAAGAAAAAAAAAAAAAAAAGAAACCUAAUUAACUCUUCUAACAUAACUACUAAUUUGAACAAUGAUUCUAAAUGUAACAAGUUUGAAGAAGGAGAAGAAGAUAAACCUACUGAAAAAAAAACAAACUCAAAUUAUAAUAUAUUGAUUCAAAACAUUAGAGGUGAAGAAGGAGAAAUCUCUGCCUUAAACCAAAGCAACGUACCAAACAAGGAUAUAGAAAUAAUUUCACCUAAAAAUGAUGAAUCAUUAAAUUUAAAUAGGAAUAAAUACUUUUCUAAUAAAUAUGAUGCGGGGAAAUUAGACCAUGUAACUUAUUACGAUACAUAUGAAAAAAAAAUUAUAAAAUUAGGUGGAGAAUAUAAUAAAAUAGAACAAUGUGUAAAAAAAAGAAAUAUAACAACAUACAGCCAAAAAAGAGAAAAAAAUGAUAUAAUGACACACAAAGGUUAUUCUAAAAAUGGCUCAAAAAUAAACAAUCAUAUUCACAAUAAUGAAAUAAUAAAAGACCAAAACACAGUAAAAGUAAAUGUAAAAGUAAAAAAUAAUAAAGUAUUAAAUAAUAAGUUUAAAGAUGAUGAAAAAAUAAGGCGUGUAAAAUAUACCUUUGUGAAUGACACACAUAACAUGCAUACAAAUGAUAAAAAUAACGAUGCUACAAAAAUUGAAAAAACAAAUAAUUACAUAAAUAUGAAUGUAAAAAAUAUAAAUAAGAAAAAAACGUAUGGCACCUAUUCUAAAAAAGAGAAAUGUUUAAAUGAUCAAUAUAAGAGUGAAGCACAAAAUAAUCGCUCAACAAAAAAUAAUGAGAGCAUAAAAUUAAGAAAAGAUGUAAAUAACAAUAAAUGCAAGAAAGAAAAAUAUAAUGAAAAAGAAAAGAAAAAUUUGGAAACAUCAGCACAUUGGAAAAUGAAAAAACACAAAAUGAAUAAAAUUGUAUUAGAAUAUAAAGGGUGUUCAUGUGUACAUGAUAAUAUUCGAAAUGGUAUAAAAAAUAAAAAUCAAAAUGGAAAAGAAAAUAUAUCCAUAAAUGAAACAAAUAAAAAAGAAGUGUCAAAAACAUUGGCAAAGAGUUAUUCAAAUUGUACUACCACUACAACCUGUAGUAAUUAUAAAUAUAAAAAGAAUUAUAUGAAUACAUCUAUUGCAAUUUCUAAUUAUUUUGAUAAGAAUAAUUCGUUUCAACGUAAUAAGAAAAUGAUAAAUGGUAAAUUAUUGGAUGCAAGAAGUAAAAUUGCAAAUAUACCAAAUGGGCGCAUAAAAUAUAUAGAGGAAAAUACAUAUAAGCAUAAUAAUAAUAUUAUAGUUGAUAAUAAUUUAAAUUAUUAUCAUUUAGAUAAUUCAGGAAAUAAAAUAAUUUCUCUACCUAACUAUAGCAACCCUAUAUAUAAUUUUAACGAUACAUCUAAUUAUUUUUUAACCUCACAUAAUGAUAAGAAUUUGGCUCCCAUAUCUCAUGAUAAUAUUAUGAGACAAAUGAAUGGAUAUAAUAAUAUUAAUCAUAAUGGAGAUUAUAUAUCCAAUAUGAAUUAUGCAAAUUAUUUUCCUCAUGUGAAAAAUAAUAACAUAUUAUUGAAUCAUAAUAUUAUUCCUAUGGAUAUGAUGUCAAAAAAUGGAAAUUAUUACAAUAAUAUAAAUAAUUGUAUAUAUGACUGUAACAAUCCAUAUUACAAUAUUCCAAAUAUGGGAAUUAAUAAUAAGAACACAUUUGAUAAUUUUACGACAAUAAAUCAUAAUAAUAAUGAAAAUAUUUCCAUGGAUAUAAAAAAUGAAGACACUUCAUAUUAUAAAUCACAUAAUCAUAUUAUACGUUCCAAAAAAGGAGGCAAUAUAAAGAAUAAUAGAACAAAUAAAUCAUUUAAAUAUAGUAUAACCUCAAAUUCUUUAAAAAAUAUAAAAAAACAAAAAAAUUUUAAUUACGAACCUAUAAAAGAAGCAAACAUAUAUAACAUCAAUGACUAUAAAAAUUUUGAUACAUAUAAUUUUACAAAUAAACAAAAGGAUAUUUCAUCAAAAAAUAUAAAAUAUAACAGAUCAAAAAAAAAUUUAUUCUUUUCAAAAAACAAUAAUAAUAAUGAUAAUAAUUUUUUAAUAAAUGAAAGGAAUAUACAAGUACCUAAAACACCACAUAUUAUAAAAAACAAUAUAAAACCAAAUAUAUCUAAUAAUAAUAGAAAUUAUAUGAAUCACAUAAAUAUCAAUUGGGAAAAUAACCCUAUUGCAAAAGAUAUGCAAUUUUAUCAAGUUAAUGAUAAGGAAAAAAACCAAAAAAAAAAAGAACCUUUCUUUCCAUAUGUGCAUAGUGAUAUGAACUUUGAUCGUAAUUAUAAUAAAGUGAAUAAUAAAAAUUGGAGUUAUAUGAAUGAAUCUAUUAUGACAAAUAUAAAUAAUAUUAAUCAGAACAAUGAUAAUUCUAUUAAUAAUAAUAUUUCUAAUAAUUAUUAUAACCCUUGUAAUAUCUAUGAAAAUAAAACAUCUUUUAUUGAUGCAAUGAAAAAUAUUUCGCAAGAAGAUAUACAAAAUGCAUUUAUGAAUAAUAUGGUGACAUUUCAAGAUUGA